AGAGCUGUAACCGGAAGUGCAGAGCUCCGUUGAUAGAGAACCAGAUGAGCCUGAUGAGCUGCAGGCUAAUGGCGUCUGUGCUAUGAAGUGUAAACGCUGAACAGUGCCUGACCUGUGUUUGCCUUAGUGGGCGUGGCCGUGGCGAUGGCUCUGAUCGAAGGCGUCGGGGACGAGGUGACGCUGCUCUUUGGGUCCCUCCUCCUCCUCGUGGUGCUGCUGCUGGCCUGGGUCUCCACCCGCACCGCUGAGCCACCGGAACACCUGUUCACCACGGCCCCAGCCCCGCCCCCCUCACCUUCAUCAUCUUCCUCCAGCUCCGUCAGCGACAGCAGCGACCGCUUGCUGACGGAGGCUCUGCCCACUGCAAGCGAAGACCGACGGGUGGAGAAGGAGGGGGAGGGGGAGGGGGAGGGGGGAGGGAGGGGUGACGGACUGAGGAGCCGAGGAGGAGGAGAAGGAGCUGAGUCUCAGAGGGACAUGGUGGUCCGUCUGAAGUUCCUGAACGACACCGAGAGAACGGCUCAGGUCAAACCACAGGACACGGUCGGAUACAUUAAACGGACUUACUUUGCGGGUCAGGAGCAGCAGGUGCGGCUCAUCUACCAGGGUCAGCUGCUGCAGGAUGAUGCCCAGACCCUGUCCUCCCUGAACCUGGUCCAUAACUGCGUCCUGCACUGCCACAUCUCCCAACAGGCGUCCAGGGGGGCCCCGACGGGUCCGCGGCCCCAGGACCAGGUCCAGGUGGCCCUGAACGUGGGCAGUCUCAUGGUGCCGCUGCUGGUCCUCAUGCUGUCUGUGCUCUGGUACUGUCAGAUCCAGUACCGGCAGUUCUUCACAGCUCCGGCCACUGCCUCACUGGUCGGAGUCACCAUCUUCCUCAGCCUGGUGGCCUUCGGUGUGUACCGCCGCUAGGACCGCCCCCAGGACCACCAUCAGGAUCACUGCUAGGACCACCAUCAGGAUGGCCUGACCUUUGACCUGGGACUUGCCCGUGGGGGAAUGAACGCUGAUUCAUGUCCAUCUUUUAGUUUCUCUGUCGUCAUGGAGACGCUGAGUGUAAACAGACUUUAAUUUUUAGGAAACUGUUUGUGUAGGUCUCAUCGUGCCUCUUUUACUUUGGAGUCUGAGAGUUCCUCUCGCACCUGAACGCAUCUGUCUGUCUGUCCAUCUGUUUGUCUAUCAACUGCACACAAGACAGAAAACCUGUCAAUGUUUUGUAAUUUAGGGAUUAUUUUGUCUGUUUGGCUUCAAGCAAUCUGCAGAAUUGAAUGAAAAAUAAAGAAAAUGAGCUGUUGUUGAACAGGACGACGUGAAGGAUACAACAAGACCAUCUGUCUGUCCGCUUGUCUGUCUGUCCACUUGUCUGUCUGUUGAGGAAUGUCUCGGUACAGUUUGGGGUUUUGACAGAAAUUCUAUUAAAUCAUUUAUUUAUCAUG